AUGCCGCUGAACACGACCAACUUCCUGGUAUCGCAGGGAUGGGAGGGUGUGGGCGUUCCUCUCGACGGAAAAGCAGGCAAAGGUCUCAAGAAGCCGCUCGCCAUCACCCAAAAGAAGACUCUCUCCGGUAUUGGCAAGGAUCGAGAUCGCGCCGAUGAUUGGUGGAACAGCAUCUUUACUGCGGGAGCUAAGAGUCUCUCGAUUGGACCAUCACCGGCCUCGUCUGGCGCAUCGACACCUACCCUCGACAAGACAAAGGCCUCUACCGGCACCACCUCUUGGGACAUGGGUGAGAGAUCCGCUGCAUCCACCACCAUGUCGCUCUCCUCGCUCGCCAAGCGCGAGCACGCCAGAAAGACGCUCAUGAGCAGUUUUGUUCGCGGAAAGCCCAUCGUACCCACUGUUGAGCCUCUCGUCGAGUCUGCGAAACCAGUCCCUGCUGUCUUACCCCCGAAAGCCAAGAGCGCUGAAGUGGUCGCCGCAUCGGACGCGGAGGUCAACGCCGCUGUUGACAUUGCAGGAGCAUCUUCAACAUCGUCCGAAAACAGGCCACAAUCCAAGGCAAAGUCAAAUGAUGACGCUAAGGACGCAGAAAGGCUCGCACGAAAGCUUGCCAAGAAAUCACUUCGCAAGCAGCUCAAAGACUCCAACAACCCAUCAGCCGCCGGUGUCGCCUCAGACGCGGACUCGGCUCCGUCAAAAAGCAAGGGCAACACGUCGCGGAAAGACAAGAAGGACAAGACGGAGAAGAAAUACAAGGAGGGCUCCAAGGACAAGGACGAAAGUAAGCAACGCAAGAAGGAAAAGAAGCGCAAGGUCAACGAAGCUGGCUCUUCGUCUACAGAAGGUUCCGUUUCAUCGUCCACGAAGCGCAAACGAGAUUCAGCCACAGAUUCUAGCGUAGACGAUCCUGUUUCUGACAAGAAGCAGAGAUCAGAAAAAACGAGCAGCAAGGACGACCAGAAGGACAAGAAGAAGAAGAGAGACAGCAAGGACAAGAAGCAGAAGAAGGAAGAGAGCGAGAAGAGUGAGAAGGAGAAGAAGGAGAAGAAGGAGAAGAACAAGAAGAACAAGGAAGAGUAG